CUCACUGCAUUCCUCUUCCAUAGGCUGGAGCAACGACUGGGGUCAAAAAAGAUUGGAAGUGGAGGAUGAAGCUCAUUGGAAGAGGCAGUCAAAAAGCGUGUUCUAGGAAAACUACCCUGGCUACUGAGGGGCGGCCAAAGGAAGUUAAGUUUAAUUCUAAAGGAGAGGAAGAGGAAGAGGAAUUCAAGGGGAGAGCUUUUCUUCGCAGAUAUACAGAAUGGCUGGAUCAGAUGAGAGGGGUGAUUGAACCUGUAGAAGCUCAAGGUUGAGUUGGAAUGUGUUUUUGAGAUUGCCAUGUGUAUGGGGAAGUGAUGGUGAGCUGUGUGAUGUGGAACCCAAUUCUGGAGAAAGUGAUGGUGCAUGAAGCAGAACAAAGUUCCCAAUGAGUAGAUAUUGGUGCUAAAAGGGAAGAAAGUGAGGUAAAAGAUUUGACAGUGAUGAAAAAGAAAGAUAUGGUUGGGAGUAGUGACAAGCAGGAGACAAGAAGUAAUCAAAAGUGGAUUAAAGAGGUUUGAGAAGAACCAUUAUCCAAAUAAUGAAAGAUAAGGAGGUUGAUCAAGCUAAAAGUCCGAGGUAAUGGCUAGCCAAAAUGGCCUCAAGUAUAGUUCAAUUGUUCCAAGCUUACAUUUGGUUGAAAUACAUGAGAUCUUUAGCAAAGAAAUAUUGGAAUAGUUAUUAUUAAGAUAAUUAACUUUAAUUUUAUGA